GAGGUGGAUUGUGAUGUAUUCAGAACAUGGGACCUUGAGGAGUUCCGUAACCAAAAGGACAAAGUAACAACAGCCAGUGGAGACAAAAAGAACUGCUUCUCUUUCUUUCCCCCUCCAACUUCCUAGUGGAGGGCUGAGCCCAGCAUCCCAGACUUGUGUGACUAUAUAGGCAAACAUUUGGAGACCUACUUCACUUUGAUACCCUAGCCUUCGGGAGCUCAAGGUGUUGGCCUUUGGAUAGGAAGCUUCCAAGUAGUAAAGCUCCCUGCUCUCAGCAAGCCCAACACCAUGGGGAAGGGAGAUGUCACAGAGGCAGCACCAACCACCACAGCCUACCACUCCAUCAUGGAUGAAUAUGGUUAUGAGGUGGGCAAGGUCAUUGGCAAUGGCUCCUAUGGGACAGUACAUGAGGCUUUCUACACAAAGCAGAAGGUCAUGGUGGCAGUCAAGAUCAUAUCAAAGAAGAAGGCCUCUGAUGACUAUCUUAACAAGUUCCUGCCCCGUGAGAUACAGGUAAUGAAACUCUUGCGGCACAAGUACCUCAUCAACUUCUAUCAGGCCAUUGAGACCACAUCUCGAGUAUACAUCAUUCUGGAGCUGGCUCAGGGUGGUGACGUCCUUGAAUGGAUCCAGCGCUACGGGGCCUGCUCUGAGCCCCUUGCUGGCAAGUGGUUCUCCCAGCUGACCCUGGGCAUUGCCUACCUGCACAGCAAGAGCAUCGUGCACCGCCUGAUGCCCAGCCUUUCUGCUGCUGGUAGGGACUUAAAGUUGGAGAAUCUGUUGCUGGACAAGCGGGAGAAUGUGAAGAUAUCAGACUUUGGCUUCGCCAAGAUGGUGCCUUCUAACCAGCCUGUGGGUCAUAGCCCUUCUUACCGCCAAGUGAACUGCUUUUCUCACCUCAGCCAGACUUACUGUGGCAGCUUUGCUUAUGCUUGCCCGGAGAUCUUACUAGGCUUGCCCUACAACCCUUUCCUGUCUGACACCUGGAGCAUGGGCGUCAUCCUUUACACUCUAAUGGUCGCCCGUCUGCCCUUUGAUGACACCAAUCUGAAAAAGCUGCUCAGAGAGACUCAGAAGGAGGUCACUUUCCCAGCUAACCAUACCAUCUCCCAGGAGUGCAAGAACCUGAUCCUCCAGAUGCUACACCAAGCCACUAAGCGUGCCACCAUUCUGGACAUCAUCAAGGAUCCCUGGGUGCUCAAGUUCCAGCAUGAGCAACCCACCCAUGAGAUCAGGCUGCUGGAGACCAUGUGCCAGCUCCACAACACCACUAAACAUCACCAAUCCUUGGAAAUUACGACCUGAAAAUGGCUGAAGGAGGGGGCUAAGAGAGGAGCAAGCAGGAGGUCUUGGGCCAAAAAUCUUUUAUACCAAAAAUAAAUCUAAGUCUGAUUUAGUU